AUGGGCGACGCUCGCGCCGCUGGGUGCAAGAAGAGCACGGUUCACUACCGCUUCAAGAUGGCGCAAACCAUAUCUGCUACCCAAUGGGAGACCAGUGCCAACGCAUCUGCGGUCUCCGCCGCGGAACACGCGGGUAGGCGCGAUGUGACGGCUGUGAGAAAGCGGGCGGAUCUUUUUGAAACCAGAGUGAUGACCACUUAUGCUGAGGACGGGGGUGUCAUCGUUUAG